CUGCAACCUGCAACCUACACCUACUCUUGUCGUUGCGCCUGUCCGAGCCUACACACAGUCUCUCACAGUCUUCAUCAUCCUGCGCCCAUCGCUCUGUCACUCCCCAUUGCGACUCCAAAUCCUCACUUUGGAGUUACUCAGAAUCCUCUACCCCUACCGGGCUAAGGUUACAGACCUCCCGCCCGUCCGUUCGCCACCUUUCCACCCGUCUGCACCACGGUUCAGGCGCAAGAUUGUCCAUCUGAUAUAAUUUCAACCAUACUCGAUACAUUCUUAUCAUCUUAUUACCUCUAUUGUCUGUUGCCCUUUUGACUUCCCAACAUUUGAGCGUCUCAUCUCUUACGACUUUCGACCUUUCACCUCAUCCUCCAUCGCACAGUUCAUCAGCUCGACUCACCGCGCCUUCGGUUUCCAUCUUUCUGAUCCUUGACACCUCCCUGCAACGCAGACACCCGAAGAAAAAGGCGGAUUUGAGAUACACAACUCUUCCUUCACCUCUCUUCUCCCGCUCAUCUUGUACCACGGACGUCCCCAGGCCUCGUCCGCCAACUUGGUUACUGAAGCUCCACCACGACUCAGCUUCGCAACAUCUUUCGACCCCAUUUCCAAUUCCUGCCUCGAAAUCAAGAACUCACCAGUCUUGUAUCCGGCAAGCAUUCUCCAGCCUUGAUUGCCCUUUACUGAAUGACUUGAUGUCUUUGUGUCAUCGUGAAGUCGCCACCAGAAUCUUUCAGAGUCUGGACCACAUAUUUUGAUCGUCCUGUCGGCCUUCAUCCGGUGUUUGAAAACACCCUUGCCACACAACGACUCUCUGGUCAAUUCAACUUUGAUCUUGACUACCAAAGUAUCCGACCGCUCACUCUCUCCACCGUCUGGUCGCAGCAGCCGUCCGCGCUUGUCUCUACAUCUGUCCAUUCCUCGAUACCCAUUGUACUACUGUUGACUGCAGUGUUCGUCCCUGUCCUGCAACUUCUUGCGGCACCCUCCACCGCUCAACCAACAUCGUCUUCUGUCUUUGGCCAAUUAUCACUCCUUCCCAUUGAGCUUCGAUCACAAUCCCACUGAUUUCUCUCCCUGGACCAUAUGCUCCGAACACCUUUGAAUGCUUUGGAGUUGAGCUAGUCACACUCGAUCGAUCCUUGAACGACGGACCAUCAUAUUCACUAUGGAGACAACAACGAGUCAUAGGCCGUGGGAAGCGACUUCCCCAACCGCCCUUCCUCAAACUACCCAAACCUUGCCUUCUAUUGCUUCUCUCACCUCAAAACUCCCUCCACAGCCCGCCGAUAGGAAUCGAUUGGACCUGUCCAUCCCCCCGCCGCCCCAAAGGGACUCAGGGUCAUGGAUGCCUUCAGGCACUUUGUCUGGGUCCUCUGCUCAAUCGGGGAACUCCAUGCCCUAUUUGAAUUCCGCACACUCACCCAACGGACCUGCCCCGUCACCUUACAGCCCUGAUCACCACUCUACACCGUCUGGUGGUUUCGGGGGUGCUUCCCAACACAUCAACGGACCUCCACCACUCACCUCCGACCAAAAUCACAAUAGAGCCAGCACUGACUACGACGACUCUCGCAGAAGCAGCGUCACCAACAGCAUUCACAGCGGCAUGCACAACCUCGGACUAGGGCCGACAUCACCAUACACAAGUAAUAAUUUGUCACAGUCAUCUCUUGUUUCCGGCUUGCAGCGAGAAAGGGGCAUUCAAACAAACGGCCCGUCAGGCAGUCGUUACUCGACAAUGUCAGGUGCAUCAAUCUCAUCCUUUGGCUCGGCUCGUGGCAGUCGCAAUGGCUUUGCCGCCGGUCGUGUCGCGCCACCCAUCUUGGAGAAUCCCAAGUCCGAAGUCUAUAGUGCAGAUCUUCCCACCCGUGGACAAGCUUAUGCCUUUCCCGAUCCUGAUGCACCGAGACCACCGGGACGGCCUCCAUCAACAUAUUCGAGGAGGAAUAGUUUUGCCGAAUCAUUUACUAGCAGCAUCCUGACCGUGGAGUCAUCGAGAUUACCCCUUGGGCAACAUGAACUGCCCGAUGCUCAUCACCACAGUCUCCAGCACAAGCACAUCGACAAUCUCCGCGGAGAUCCAGAUUCACCCAACGGUCAAACGCCUUAUAGCAGAACUCCUGAGCUCCGCGUCACCCAUAAACUUGCCGAGCGUAAAAGACGAAGUGAAAUGAAGGAUUGCUUUGAGCAGCUGCGAACACGUCUGCCACAGGCUCAGAAUAAUAAGUCCAGCAAGUGGGAAACUCUCUCGCGAGCGAUUGAUUAUAUUACAAGCUUAGAAAAUUCCAAUAAACAGCAACGAGCGGAUUAUGAGAAGCAGCGCCAUCAGCUGCAAGAGCUCGAAAACAAGGUCUAUGAAAUGAGUCAGCAAAUGCAGCGCAUGCAGCACCAAGGGUCUUUCCCGCCUCCACCGGCUGCAAUGCCUCAAACACCACUGAACUAUGGACCGGGUUCACACUAUAACAGCAACAUAGAGUCGGCAAGCGAUCCACCACGAACUCUCCCACCCUUGAUGAACGGAGUUAUGCAAGGAAUCCAGUAUUCGGAUGACAGACGAUAAGGACGUGCUGUGUUCUCAUACAUCAUUGGGAAACUGCACCUAGUGUUGACUUUGCGCACCAUCUCGGUUUCUCAACUGGGCCGACUGGGGCAACUUCGCUGAACCUUUCUGGGGAUCAGAGCUCCUGUGUAAUUAUUUAUGUUGCUGAACCCAUCUGUGCCGGGCAGUCAUGCUUGUCCGGUAUUAUUGCGCCUUGCAGGAGGUUCGGUAUUUGGAUUGGGUUAUGAUACCAUGGUCGGUGAUUGUGAUUGAACGAUUCCGGGACGGCCGAUAUACGUCUUCCAGAGCCAGCAAACGGCUUUGGCAGGCCGACUUGUCAUUUUCAGGGCACUGCUCAUAAUUUCAUUGGCCACUAGAGUUCAGACUUAAAGGACGCAGCCUUAAACUGAACGUCCAAUGGAAGAUACAUCAGAUCUAAUCUGUGUUAAUGGCCCCAAUGGUAAUCCACGAAUACAACAUGGUAGAGUCUCAGCCUUGCUU